AUGCUUUCAUUCAUUAUUUAUUAUAUUGCACAUCAUCCAAAUGUGAAAAAGAAAAUGUUAGAAGAAAUUGAUAGUAUAUUCCAAGAUGAUAAAAUGCGAACAAUUAAUAAAGAUGAUUUUUAUAAUUUAAAAUACUGUGAAGCAAUUGUAAAAGAAACAGCUCGCAUUCUCCCAAUUGUGCACUUUAAUACAAGAUAUAUUGAUAAACCUAGUGAAAUAGCAGGAUAUCAAUGGCCGGCUGAUACAUUGUUUUUAGCUAACAUUCAAGCUAUUCAUAAUAAUAAUGAUUAUUGGGAGAAACCUAAUAAAUUUAACCCUGAUAGAUGGAUGGAUGAAAAUUUUGAACCAAAGAAAAAUUCUUUUAUCAUGUUUGGUGGAGGAUUAAGAUUAUGUCCAGGAAGAAAGUUAGCAACGAUUGAAUUAGUUUGUUUGAUUGCUUUAUUGUUUAGAAAAUAUGAAAUUAAUUUAGUAGAUAUGAAUUCUCCUAUUAAAGUUAAGUGUGAUGGCGGUAUUUUAGUUUCUUGUGUCGAAUUAUUAGUUGAAAUUAAACCAAGAAAUUGA